GUGUGGUCUUCGCGAGAUUCCACCAUGGCAUACUGGGGCCCGGGCCAGAAAGUGCAGAAGGUGGUGGUGCAGCUCACCAACCUCAUCUUCAGAUACUUGCAGAAUAGGUCCUAGACUCAGGAGUAGCUCUAUAGGCAAGUGCAUCUGCAGAUAGAGGGCUGUAUUACUGGUUUUGUUGAGUAUGCGAACCUUGUAUUAAAUGAUGCAGAAGAAACUCAUUUUUUUAAAAAAGCAAGAAAACAGCUGGGCCUGAUCACGCUGAAAGGAUAUAAGAUUCCUCUGCUACAAAGUGUCUCCAACUAG